CGGGAAACAACUGAGCUGAAAGAAAGCAAUCGGUGAAGAUGUCUGUGUUUGUACUGAAGCUGCUGACAUUUUAUGCAAUAUUUCUGAUGUACGGUCCCAGGCAGGGCGUCGAGACCAGUUGUUGCCCUGGAGACAAAGCAGAGACAGGUGGGAGGGCGGCCUGCAACCAGACAUCAAGCCUGGUCAGGAAGAAAGACUGGAUUAUGGACUUGAACAUAACCGCCUUCAUCAGCAAUGUUCUCCUUGUAACAACUGCUGAGAAUGAUGAUUCUGUCCAAGUGGACAUCGGGACUACCUCGUGUGACACCUUUGAUGACAAAGCAUGUUACAUCACAUGUUCUAACCUCACCGUAGAUCGAAAAAGCGCGUGCUACGUCACAAUCAACGUCACGUGCAACGUGGACAACGUUGAGGGGCGCUACGUCCGGAUUCGCAAAAGCAACACUACAGAAGAAUUCGCGCUCUGUCACGCCAUAGUCGCGGGCUGGCCAAGCAAUGGACAAGGGUUGAAAAAUUACGCACUAAAUGCCUCAGCCAGCCAGAGUUCGACAUACCACUCCUCAUACCCUAGUCUGGCGGUGGACGGAGAGUGGGGGCUGUCUCCAUCCUCAAACUCCUCGUGUAGCCAAACGGUCAUGCUGGAUUCAAACAACACGCGCACGGUCCACUGGUGGCAAGUCAUCUUGACCAAGCCCAUACUAGUGUCCAGCAUCAUCAUUGUGAACAUUUGGAAUAAAUGUUGCAGUGACAGACUGGCCAACUUCACAGUGGAACUGGGGAGUCUGGAGUCCAACGGCAGCAUCACCUACACGCUGUGUCGUUACCAUGACGGCGUUGCUGGACCCCUGACGACCCUGAACUGCAUGAGGUCCAUCUGGGGUCAGUCUGUGCCGCAUAUCCAAGACGGGGGAUAGAUUGACACUGUGCGAGGUUGAAGUCUAUGGCGACGAGGACAACAGCACAGAAGGUGUCGCAGGUGAGUUUGUGCAGGUGUAGUGAGUUGUGGUAGGUCUCGUAUUGUCUCGCGUAUGAAUGGUGUCUUGUGUCUGA